AUGUCAGGCCCCAUCACCAAUCCUCACGCCCUGUCGAUGCCCCCUGUACCUGCUCUCUUUGUCCCCCUGCUCUCCGUCUCCAUUUUUCAUCUUCUUACUACCCAACAUUCACUCCCCCCUCCCCCCUCCCCUCCAGCCCUUACAACAACAAUCUCUUUCAACAAUACGUUCAUUGUUCCUCUUCCUCCUCUCUUCCUCUCCCCUUCCUCCUCUCUUCCUCUCCCCUUCCUCCUCUCUUCCUCUCCCAUUCCUCCUCUCUUCCUCUCCCCUUCCUCCUCUCUUCCUCUCCCCUUCCUCCUCUCUUCCUCUCCCCUUCCUCCUCUCUUCCUCUUCCCUUCCUCCUCUCUUCCUCUCCCCUCCUCCUCUCCUCCUCUCCUCCUCUUCUCUUCCUCUCCCCUUCCUCCUCUCUUCCUCUCCCCUUCCUCCUCUCUUCCUCUCCCCUUCCUCCUCUCUUCCUCUCCCCUUCCUCCUCUCUUCCUCUCCCCUUCCUCCUCUCUUCCUUCACCUCCCUCCCUCCUUCCUCUCAGCAACCUGCGCAACAACCAGCUGACAGGCCCCCUACUGCAGCCCAUCCCAUCAACAGUCACCGUCUACAAUCUCGACCUCAACUACUUCUCCUCAGGCUUCUCCUCUCCGCCCAACUGCUCCCAAAGCACCAUCUCCUUCCGCUUCAACUGCCUCCCAACCCCCACUGACGGCUACUCCUGCCCCACGCCUGCCACGACCUCUGCUGCGGAUGCAGCGGUGCAGCGGCCAGAGGAGCUCUGUGGUGUGUUUUGUGGCAUGACUGCAGGCGAUCCUCCAUGCGGCGGGCAUGGCUUGUGCUAUGUGGACGGGCCCAACAGAGUGCCCACGUGUGACUGCGGGUCUGGGCUUGCCAACGGGGAGCUGCCUAGAAGCUGCGUCCCUGAAGGAAGCAUGGAUGAGCGCAGCAUAGCCGUGGAGUUUGACACUUUUAAGAGCACCGUUGCCAAAGAUCCAGACAGCAACCACGUGGGAUUCAGUAUGAGGGGCAACACCUCUUCCAUCGCAACAGCCAAAGCGCCCUUCACUCUCAACGACGGCAAGCCAAAGCAAGCCUGGAUCGUCUUCGAACCCUCUCCUUCCUCCUCUGGCGGUGCUGCUAGUGGCAGCGCUAGCUAUGGCAGCAGCAACAGCAGCGGCGGCAGCACGGGGUGGCUGCGGGUGUUUCUGUCGGCCAUGGGGUCCCCCCGGCUGGGCAAGGCAGUGGUGGCGAUGCAGGUGUCUCUGUGCAAGUUCCUGCAGCCCAGUGCAGCUGAGGCAUCGUUCCUCAUGGGCUUCACUGCUUCCUCCUCACACUCCCCGCAGCAACACUCCAUCCUCGAGUGGAACAUCACCACAGGUACUUACUGCUGCUCCCCCUGCCCACUGCUGUCGCAUCCUCCCUCCCUGCGUGCUGCUCCGCAUUAG